UGCGUGUGGCUCGGCCGAGAUGCGGCCUCUCGCUUGCGUGCUGCUGGUGCUCCUCGCCUCGGUUCUUGGAUCCACAGGUACUGAUCUGGCUCCUGCUCCCGGGGUUGGUAAUUCUCCUGAUGAUCAAGGACAAGCUUCUAGUCCUCCUCAACCUACUUUCGUUCCCGGUCCAAUAACUCUUCCAACAGCACCACUUCUUACUCCUUCAGCAAGUCCUCCACUCCAGAAGGGAGCUGCUAGCCCUGCAGUUCCCACUGAACCGCAAACUUCACCAGCUCCAGUAGUUCCCCCUAAAGAAAAUAAUGCACCUCCUCCAGUCGAGUCUGCGCCUCCAGUUGAGACCGCACCUCCCGCAGUCACUGAUGAUGUGCCCCCGCCAGCAGCUCCUCCGCAAGCUGCCGAAAAACCCACUGAACCGCAUUCUGCUCCGGCUCCGGUUGUUCCUCCUAAAGAAGAUAAUGCGCCUCCUCCAGUUGAGUCUACGCCUCCACCAGUUGAGACCACACCUCCCGCGGUCACUGACAACGUACCCCCGCCAGCAGCUCCUCCUCAAGCUGCUGAAAAACCCACACCAAUACUUCCUGGGUCACCUGCAGUGCUACCUUCAGUUCAGGCUCCUACUCCGUCUGUGGCCGUAAAGCCUAAUCUGCCACUAGCACCUCCUCCUUCCGUGAGCAAUCAACCAAUUAGCCCAAUUGGACCAGGUAAUGAUGCCCCUCCAUAUCCACCACCUAAAAGCAGUUUCCCCGCAGUUCCUCCUUCGGCUUCAGUUCCGCCGGAACUUGUGAAACCUCCGACUGCACCACCUAUUAUUAUACAAGCACCUCAGCAACAAGCACUGCCUCCAAAUACUGAGCAUAAUAAUGGACAUACAGUGCCCCCAGCAAAUGCUUCCCCUCCUGCAAGUGGUAAGAACCAUGGCAUUGAGCGUGCACCCCCACCAAAGGAACCUAGUACUGCCCCGGUUCACAAAUCACCGACUAGAGGGCCUGCACCUGCAUCUAGUCCGCUGCCCCACGAUACAAAUAUGCCGGCAAUCCCAAAGAAUGAUCCAACAGUGCCACGUGCUCAGCCCCCGUCACUAGGAGUAGCUCCUAAACCAGCACCCACUAGCAGAUCUCAUCCUCCGGUACCAACGAAAGGAGAGCGUCCAUCAUUUGCUCCAUCUUACCCACCACCCCAUGCUCAAGGUCCUGACGUCUCACGAGCUCGUCCUCCACAGAAGAUUGGGGCUAAAAGGAAAAACCAUCAUGCACCUCCACCGAUGUUUCAAGGUCAUCCAAACUUCCCUGUGCACCCUCCAUCUCCUUCACCAGUGUCACCAAGGGCCCCCUCUAAUGGCAGAAAAAAUUGCAACUUGUUAUCAUGCCCAGAGCCUCUAACUGAUCCACCUGCGGGAGCUCCGUGUGCUUGUGUUCUACCGAUUAAAGUUGGAAUCCGUUUAAGUGUGGACCUUUAUUCAUUCUUUCCGUUAGUUUCGGAUUUUGCUGAAGAAGUUGGAUCUGGGGUAAACAUGGCUCGGAGGCAGGUUCGUGUUAUGGGUGCAAAUGUAGCUGGUGACCAACCUGACAAGACAGUGGUUCUUGUGCAUCUGGUACCAAUGCAUUUGAAUUUUGAUAAUGCGACUGCCUUCUCGGCAUUUCAAAGAUUGUGGAGCAAAAGAAUUCCUCUAAAGCCAUCAGUUUUUGGGGACUAUGAGAUUCUCUAUGUUGUAUAUCCAGGGCUUCCUCCUUCCCCCCCUUCGGCACCAGACGGUGUUGGUAAUGGUGCAUUUGGGAACAGCAGAAAUGCAAGGGCAAUGAAGCCACUGGGGGUCGACGUCGGAAGACCGAAAAGAAAAGUGAAUGGAAGCCUAAUUGCUAUUGCUGUUUUAUCCACUGUUAUAGCGCUGAUUAUUUGCGUUGCGGCUGCAUGGUUGCUUAUACUCAAGUUCAGGGAUUCAGAUGACAUAGCUCAAAGAUAUCCACAUAGUGCAAUUCCAAAAUUUUCGAGGUCUUCUGGGACAUGUAACACACUGUUGCCUGGUCGCCAUAGUUCACAUUCAGGUCCAUCCGGUUCACUCGGCUCAAGCAUGGCAACAUACACAGGGCAGGCAAAAACAUUCAAAUUUGUUGAGAUUGAAAAGGCUACAAAUGGCUUUGAUGAUUCGGCAGUACUUGGAGAAGGUGGCUUCGGAUGUGUCUACCAGGGCACACUUGAUGAUGGAACCACUGUUGCGGUAAAGGUUCUGAAAAGAUUUGAUGGCCAAGGUGAACGGGAGUUCUUGGCAGAGGUUGAGAUGCUGGGACGGUUGCAUCACCGAAAUUUGGUCAAGCUGUUAGGCAUAUGUGUAGAGGAGAAUGCACGGUGUCUGGUAUAUGAACUUAUUCCAAAUGGCAGCGUUGAAUCCCAUUUGCAUGGAGCGGAUCGAGAUAUAGCUCCACUUGAUUGGAAUGCACGUAUGAAGAUAGCCCUUGGGGCAGGGCGGGCACUUGCAUAUCUACAUGAAGAUUCAAGCCCUUGUGUGAUUCAUCGUGAUUUCAAGUCAAGCAAUAUACUGCUAGAGCAUGAUUUCACACCGAAAGUUUCUGAUUUUGGACUGGCCAGGACCGCGAGGGGGGAGGGUAACCAGCACAUUUCCACUCGUGUGAUGGGAACAUUCGGAUAUGUUGCACCAGAGUACGCCAUGACGGGGCAUCUUCUUGUCAAGAGUGAUGUAUACAGUUAUGGCGUCGUAUUACUUGAGCUCCUCACAGGUAGGAAGCCUGUGGACAUGUCUCAGCCUGCGGGGCAAGAAAGCCUAGUUGCAUGGGCUCGCCCAUAUCUGACAAAUGUGGUGAGCUUACGUCGAGCUGUUGAUCCGCUUCUCGGCCCUAAUGUACCACUAGACAACGUGGCAAAAGCAGCAGCUAUCGCAUCAAUGUGCGUACAACCUGAGGUUGCACACCGACCGAGCAUGAGCGAAGUCGUGCAGGCCUUGAAACUUGUCUGCAGUGAGGGUGAUGAGGUUCUUGGAUCGGGAAGUUUCAGCCAGGAGUUGGCGGCUCAUGCUACAGCGGUUUACGAUGUUACGGGCAUGGAAGCAGAGAGGGUGCUAUUAUCUGAGAUGUUUGGCUCCACACCUGUCUUCACUCCAGCUCCAGAUUCAGGUUCUUUCCGCAAGCAGUCCAGCUCAGGCCCUCUGAUGACUGGCAAGAAUAUGAAGUUCUGGCAGAGAUUGCGAAACUUGUCAAGAGGUAGUAUGAGUGAGCAUGGUGCCUCACCAGAUUUUGAGACGCGUUCACAGUGUAGCAAUAGGUGAGUUUUUUUCCCUGCUCGGAUCCAGUCUCUGACAAGAUGAAAGAGUUCGAGGACCUAGUUUGUACAUUACGCGUGUGGAGGUAAAGGCUGUAUAUAGUUCCGGAUCAUCAGAGUAGCAGAGUUACGGAUUGCCAGAGAUCUCUACUAAGAUCUGCUCAGAUUUGUGGUUCGGUUUGACGGGUACUGCCGUACUGCUACGUGGCCAUACACAGAUACGCCUGCCUUUCGAUUUCUACUGUUUCUCGUUUUCA